AUGGGUGGGCCAAUGGCGCGGAACCUCUUGAAAGCCGGACAUGAGGUUGUUGGAUUCGACGUUUCUGAAGGCAACCUCACGAGGUUUGCCGAAGCUGGUGGCCGCCUUGCGCAGUCCCCGCUUGCUGUGGCAGCAGCUGCGCAGACGGUGGUCACCAUGCUUCCGGCUGGCGCACACGUGCGCGAGGUUUAUCUAGGGAAGGACGGGCUUCUGCUUGAUGGCGGAGCGACCUCGGGGUCGCUUCUCAUCGACUGCUCCACAUGCGACGUGCACGUCACCAAGGAGGUGGCGGCGGCCUCUGCGAGCAGAGGUGCCAUAGCCGUGGACGCGCCCGUGUCUGGCGGCACGCCCGGGGCAGAGCAGGCCACGCUGACCUUCAUGGUUGGAGGGUCGGAGGAUGCCUUCAAAGCUGCCAGCCUCAUUCUGAACCACAUGGGAAAGAAGGUCGUGCACUGUGGUGAUGCAGGAAUGGGCCAGGCAGCCAAGCUUUGCAACAACUUGGUUCUGGGCAUUACCAUGGCCGCGGUUUGUGAGGGCCAUGCUCUUGCUGAAAGCCUUGGCUUGGAUCAGAGGAAGCUAGCGGACAUCCUCAACACCAGCUCUGGCAGGUGCUGGAGCAGCGACACCUACAAUCCUUGCCCCGGUGUCAUGGACGGGGUUCCUUCAUCCAGAGGCUACACUGGGGGAUUUGCCUGUGAUCUGAUGCUGAAGGACCUGAAUCUGGCCACCUCGGCCGCCUUCGUGUCCAAGCCCAAGCUCGGCCUUCCCCUUGGAGGUUUGGCAUUGCAGCUCUACUCCCAAAUGAGCGCUCGGGGAGACGGUGGCAAGGCGAUGCUCCUGGGCUCGGGGUGUUUCCGCGCAUCUUGCCUCUUGCAUUGA